CGCCAAUGGAAAGAUCCAAUCCUGACCCCUGGUGGAUCUGACACAAGGUUGUUACGAGUUCUUCACUUCCCUUUGUCUAGUCUGUUACUUGACAUUCUCUCUUUCAAACUGCUCAAUCAAGCAAGCUAAUUCGAAAUAUAUACCGCAGCAGUCCGCAAUCCUCAACAUAUCAACUCAAUUCCACGAAUAUAGAUUGCGGGCUGUAUCUCGUACCAACCCCACCAUCCGUACAACAUCCCAUCCAUACCAAAAAAAAGAGCCACCCCCCCCCACUUCGAUCCGACCCCUCGAAUCCCGCCUUCAACUCCAAUUAACCUCUUCUCACUUCACCAAUUCUCCAAAGCAAACCCCUUCUACCCUUCCAACCUCAUCCAGCACAAUAAACUGCAAUACCACACAACACAUUCCACACACCCACCAUGUCCGGCGCCGACUCCCCCGCCAUCCUCUCCGCCUACGACGCCGUCCGCUCCGACAAAGACCCCACCAACUACCUCAUAAUCUCCUACUCCUCCCCCACCGGCGACGGCCUCACCCUCUCCUCCACCGGCACAGGGGGCCUCGCCGAACUAGCCAGCAAACUCGACCCCUCACAAGCACAAUACGCGUACGUGCGCGUCGAGUACGCCAACGACACGGAGAGCAAGCGCGUGAAAUUCGUGCUGGUGAUUUGGAUUGGGGAGGGCACAAAGGUCAUGCGGAAGGCGAGGGUGAGUAUUGAGAGUGGGGCUGUGAAGAGGGUGUUGGGUCAUCAUAGUAUUCAGGUUGAUGCCAGGGAUAAGGGGGAUUUGGAGGAGGGGGAUAUUGUGGUGAGGUUGAGGAAGGCGGGGGGUGCGGAUUACAAUGGGGGGAGGGGUUAGAGGACCCAAGGGGUUUGAUGUGAGGUAGGCGGAAAGGUGAACAUAGGGAGGAGGAAGUUUGAAGCGUGGGCGUUUGGGAGAGGUGGUUGAUUGGAGCAUUUGCUGGGCGUAGUUGGAUAUGUGAAGCUAGAAAAUCUGUCCACUAGACCACUGCCAUUGGAUAUAUGAAUAUCUUGUGAACCCUCAAUUUCUGUCAAGUAAAUAUUGUUGGGAUCUGGGACUUUGCAUAUUGGCACUACAGUAGAAUCACAUCAUAGACAAAA